AUGAAUUCCAAGACUGCUAAAGAUAUAAUUAUUGGCAAGUGGGGCUUAAAGUCGGGUAGCUCCAGAUCCGAGAAUGAUCUCGGGAAGUACAAGCAGGGGAACGCAGCCCUUAAAAAAUCCAUGGAGGAAGUCGUGAAAGAGAAGAGCGGAAUGACUGAUCCGGAAAGGAACGGGCUCCGAGAGAAAAUACUUUCCCUUGAAAAAGAUAAAGCAAAACAUAACCAUCUUCUUGGAGAGAAGGACAAAGAAAUCCAAAACCUGAAAGACCAGCUUAGAUCCAAAACCCAGAAUAGUGAAGUCUCCUUGCUACGAAGUCAACUAGAGGAAAAAACAAAGGAAGCAGAAAGGAGAGAACAGCUACUUCAUUCUCUAUCGGAAGAAAUGAACCGGUUAAAAUGUCAUUUACCUGCUGCUACUGGAAAAUGUUCUGAGCUUGAAAAUGGAGCUGGUACUUCUCAGGCAUCCCAGGAAGCUGUAACAAACAGCACUGGAUCACCAACUCAUCUUUAUGAAGUUGAAAAACAACUGAAAGAUGCUCUUGAGAAAAACCAACAGUGGCUACUGUAUGACCAGCAACGUGAAGCAUAUGUCAGGGGCCUGCUUGGAAGGAUCUUUGAACUUGAACAGAAGUCAGGAAUAGUUAGCCAACAAGAAUCUAAAGAAUUCCGUUCAGAAGGUCAUCUACAAGAGGAAAAACAAAAAUAUGACCAGCUGUUACUAACUGCUAGGAGUGAACUUAACGAAUUCAAAAAGAUGUAUGAAGAAACACGAGAAAUAAUGAAUUUAAAUGCCUUACGGCAGUCGCAACAGGUUGCUGAAAUUAAGACUCUAGAAAAUGAAAAUAAAAUGAAAGGAGCGAAAGUGCAGAGACUAAAACAAGAAAAUGAAACUAUUAAAGGACAGCUCAAGGAAGAAAAGAAAAAGUCUGAAGAUCUUUUAUGUCAGGUGCAACAUCUUCGUAAAUUGUUGCUGAAACAGAAGGAGGAACACACUAGGAUAGCUUUGUUGGAACAACAGAUCCUGAUAUGCAUCACAGACUUUGAGAAUGAAAAGCUCGAUCGCCAGAAUUUGCAGCAUCAGUUAAACAAAGUCCUUAAGGAACUGCACAAGGCCAGCGAGCAAAUAACCCGUCUGGAACCUCUGAAACUCCAGGAAUCUGGAUGUAUGGAAUCACAAGAAGAUUUGCAAUCUGCAUUUGAAGAGAAGCGGACCACAUAUAAUAGAAGUCCUUCCCUGAAACAUUCAAGCCUUCUUGAUGAAAGUUUUCUCGAGUGUCCCAGAUGUAAAGUGCAGUAUCCAACAAGCCAGCAUAGAGAAUUACUAGCACAUAUUGACUUUUGUACAGCUUGA